AUUGAAAAUCGAACCGCACUUUUUGACCAAUCCAAUAUGAUGACUUCCGUCAGCCGGUUAGGUUACGUUUGAAUUAGGUUAGAGUUAACCCUCGUUUCAUUUCACCUGCUGUAUCAAGAACUAUCACCGUCAGCAUGUGAUCCGGUAUCUACAUCGGUGUCAUUCAGUUUUUUUCCAGUUUGUAUCAUAUCUUACAUCUUGUGAUAAUGACAGAAAACUACAGACACUUGAUUAAAUUAGUACGCGAGCAAGUGAAAAGGUUUCAAGUGCUUCAAAAUGCCAAGGGAAUUGUUAAAGGUGCGACGGAGAAGACGCAGAACAACUUCUCCACUGCACAAAAUAUCGCCGAAAAGUAUAAUAAUAUCAUUGGAAAAAGGCUUAAUGAUCAAAUCGCUAUCAUGCAGGAUUUAAACGCCAAGGCACUAAAGGCAAACACUCCAUUACCAGAAAAUAUCGUCAAAUGGUGGCAUUGGUACAACCGUUUAACCGGACUAGAUUCAGUCGAAAUGUCCAAGAGACAAGUAAUUGAUCUUCAGAAUAAGUUGUUCGAGUGCCAAGACAAGAGGAGAACUCUGAAUAAAAAUAUGACAGACAUCACUCACACUUUGCAACAUAUUUACGGGGAACUGGUGCAAACGAAGCGGGAUGAUCCCAAGUAUGUGAACCUAACGAUCAUGGAAAACAAGAAUCUGCAGGAGCAGAAGAAGAUUAUCGACGAGCUUGCUCUCUCGGAAGUGGAGGAGAGGGAUAAGUUUACGCAGCUGGCCACCGCCAUCAAAGAAUACCACGACAGCCAAAACUUGAAUGCAACGAAGUACAAGUAUCUGUCUAUCCUCGCGUCCGCCGUGAUAGCAAUCGUAUCGCUGAUUGGUUCGAUAAUACUUAACAACAGGAGAAUCCUGGAUGUACGAAACACCAUAAAGACAAUGCAGGAGGAGAACAAAGCGUUGUUUCAGACCAACACAAACCAGUUGUCCAGUCUUACGAAAGUGGUGCGAUCUAUUGAGAGUACAUUUUCACAGACCCCUGCAAACAAAGACAAAAGAAGAGAGGACAAAUCAGACAAUAAUGCGUCCGACACAUCGAAUAUUAUUCUGCGUUCUGCUAUGUAUCCAGUGCACUUGUUAGUUUCAGGAGCAGGUUACAUGAAAAAGGGCAUUUACGCGGGUGGAUCGUACGUCGUGAAAUUCUUUUACUAAUAAUGGAUUUUUGUAUUUUUGUACAAACUUCAGGCACCCUUCAGUGUAUCGACCUAAAUAUAUAUAUAUAUAUAUAUAUAUAAAUAUGUAUAGCUAAAUAUCAAUUUUUCUAUUUAUUAUUUUAAACGGUACAUAGUAUUUACUUGUUAUUAAUAUAUACACCCCAUGUUGGCUAGUGUAGUAUUCGAGUUUAGAAGUAACUGCAAGGGAAGAAUUGUGAUUACUAGCGAUACUUUAAAAUAAAUUGUCGAGGCGCUUCUUUUUAACAAGUGUUUUUAAUAAGUGCUAUCUUUACAUUCAUUUGGCAGGUGAAACGCUCCACGGUUGCUACAACUUGUGCAAACUAUGAAAUUACAUUACGAGUAUUUAUUUUCACUGUUUCACCAUACAUAUAAUAACAUUCUAUAUUAUGUACUUAUAUAAAUAAAAAAAUCUGUUAAAUAA